AAGCACCGGGAUGGCCGAUGGAUUCGGCCCUGGGGCACCAGUUCCACCGCCGGACACAGCCCUUGGCAGCCAGCCCCGGCCAGAGCUUCAGACUAGACCUGGAAAGUCACAUCCUAUGAACCUCCUGGCUACACCUUCUUCAGUGCAGACAUGAAGCAACACUCCUGUGGCCGAGCACCGGCAGGACAAAAGGGAAGCUCCAGGAAUGACAACGGGCACAACCAUAGCCCCAAACUGGAGCAAACUGGAGUCUGGUACUUUGCCAUCCUGGUAUUACAGUUUACAGACAGCGUAAAAAUUCCUUUUGGAGUUCCGGAAUAUCAAGGUUUGUGUGAUUUUGCUAAAAUGCAUCACCAACAGCGAAUGGCUGCCUUAGGGACGGACAAAGAACUGAGUGAUUUACUGGAUUUCAGUGCGAUGUUUUCACCUCCCGUGAGCAGUGGGAAAAAUGGACCAACUUCCUUGGCAAGUGGACAUUUCACUGGCUCAAAUGUAGAAGACAGAACCAGCUCAGGGUCCUGGGGGAAUGCAGGCCAUCCGAGUCCAUCCCGGAACUAUGGAGAUGGGACUCACUACGAUCACAUGGCCAGCAGAGACCUCGGCUCCCACGACAAUCUCUCUCCUCCCUUUGUCAAUUCCAGGAUACAAAGUAAAACAGAACGAGGUUCCUACUCAUCAUACGGACGAGAUUCCAACUUACAGGGCUGCCACCAGCAAAGUCUCCUGGGAGGGGACAUGGACAUCGGCACCCCCGGAGCGCUGUCCCCGUCCAAGCCCGGCUCCCAGUACUACCAGUAUCCCAGCAAUAAUCCGCGCCGGAGGCCUCUGCACAGCUCCUCCAUGGAAGUUCAGACAAAGAAAGUUCGGAAAGUUCCUCCGGGUUUGCCGUCCUCAGUUUAUGCUCCCUCAGCCAGUACUGCCGACUACAACAGGGAUUCUCCGGGUUAUCCCUCCUCCAAACCAGCAGCCAGCACUUUUCCCAGCUCCUUCUUCAUGCAAGAUGGCCACCACAGCAGCGACCCCUGGAGCUCCUCCAGCGGGAUGAACCAGCCUGGCUACGGGGGAAUGCUGGGCAACUCUUCCCACAUUCCCCAAUCCAGCAGCUACUGCAGCCUCCACCCGCACGACCGCUUGAGCUACCCAUCCCACUCCUCAGGCGACAUCAAUUCCAGUCUUCCUCCGAUGUCCACGUUCCACCGGAGCGGGACCAACCACUACAGCGCCUCGUCCUGCACCCCCCCGGCCAACGGCACCGACUCCAUCCUGGCCAACAGAGGAAGUGGGGCAGCGGGAAGUUCGCAGACUGGUGAUGCCCUGGGGAAAGCACUCGCCUCUAUCUAUUCUCCAGAUCACACCAACAACAGCUUUUCAUCAAAUCCUUCAACUCCUGUUGGUUCUCCCCCUUCUCUCUCAGGAACAGCUGUUUGGUCUAGGAAUGGAGGUCAAGCGGCAUCAUCUCCCAAUUAUGAAGGUCCCUUACACUCCCUGGUUUUGCGCGCCCGGAGCGGCCCCGGAAGUCUCAUCCCUAUGGAAGUCGCGUGGUGGAGCCGGGGCGGGGAGGGUUGGAGGUGCUCCCGAGAGGGAAAGGGGGUGUUGGGAUCUACUGGAAAGGGGAGCCGGAUCGAGGACCGGCUGGAGCGGCUGGACGACGCCAUCCACGUGCUGCGGAACCACGCGGUGGGAGCGGCGCCCAUGGCCGGGGCCCAUGGGGACAUGCACGGGCUGCUGGGCGCCCACAACGGCGCCAUGGCUGGUCUGGGCGCCGGCUACGGCACCGGGCUGCUCUCGGCAAACCGCCACUCCAUCAUGGUGAGUGGGCACGGCCGGAAUCCCCAUUCCUGGAGGGAUUUUAAGCCGUGUGGAUGUGGCACUUGGGGACAUGGGCUGGUGUUGGACCCCAUGGCCUCAGAGGCCUUUUCCAACCUAAGUAAUUCGCUGUUGCAACAAAAAGCUUUGGAUAAACAGCUCAGAAUUCUCACCUUGCAAAGUCUCCACACCAAACCCUUCCUCCUCAAAUCCCCGGCCCAGCUUUGGUUGGAACAACGAGUGGCUUGGGAAUCCUUGACUGUGGAGCUUCUGGCCGAUUGCCCGCCGUUCGAAAAUGCCGUGUGCCUUCCGUCCCGCAGCAAUAACGACGACGAGGACCUGACCCCGGAGCAGAAGGCGGAGCGGGAGAAGGAGCGGCGCAUGGCCAACAACGCGCGGGAGCGGCUGCGCGUGCGCGACAUCAACGAGGCCUUCAAGGAGCUGGGCCGCAUGGUGCAGCUCCACCUCAAGAGUGACAAGCCCCAGACCAAGCUCCUCAUCCUCCACCAGGCCGUGGCCGUCAUCCUCAGCCUGGAGCAGCAGGUCCGAGAACGGAAUCUGAAUCCAAAGGCUGCGUGCCUGAAAAGAAGGGAAGAAGAGAAGGUCUCCUCGGAUCCGCCCCCGCUGUCCCUGGCAGGACCCCACCCUGGGAUGGGAGAUGCCUCCAAUCACAUGGGACAGAUGUAAAAAGGUAGGAUUGGGAUCAGUCACUUCCGGGAUG